AUGUAUGAACGUGUUGAGCAUGAGCGAAAACUUAACGUAAUUGAUUUGUGGCAAAUUCUUAAGAGAUCAAUGUCAGUAGCUUCAUACAUAUAUAUAACACUGCUUGCAGUUGCAGCAAUCUUCGAAGUAUUUUUUGGAAAAUAUAUUGGAGAAUUUCCAUCAAAAAUGUAUGGAUACGUUGCUUCCAUGGAUCGUAAAUCAUUCAAAACAAGCUUAAUUUUAUACAGUGUAUUCAUUAUUCUUAUCUCCAUUGCAAUUGCUAUCAAACUAUGGUUUGCAGAUAGAUUGGCCAUAGUUCUAAGAGAUCAGCUAGUUCAAAAAAUACAAAAAGAUUAUCUUCACGGCAAUACUUUUAAUGAUUUAUUAGUUUACGACUCUUUCAUUGAUAAUCCAGAUGGAAGAAUUACCAUUGACAUUCAGAACUGGAGUUCAAGCUUUUCUCUCGUAUUAAGACAAUUAAUUCAAACUCCAGUUACAAUUUUUUACUAUUUAGUGCUUGUUUGGGGACAAAUAGGCUAUUUAUCUGUUUUACUUUGUUUUGUUUUCUCAAUUUUGUCAAUGAUUAUAUCUUAUUUUGUCAUGAAACCAGUAAUGAAAAUAACAUUCGAAUUUUCACAUGCUGAUGCAUCGUUUAGAGAUGUACAUGUAACACUAAAAGAUAAUGCAGAAGUUGUUGCGCUUUCAAGGGCUCAAAAUCAAGAAUAUAAACUUAUUACAGAAAGAUUUUCAGAUGUUCUCAAUGUUCAACGAAGCCGUGCAAACAAAUCUCUUCCUCUCAACUUGGUGACUAAUCUUUUCGCGUAUUUUGGAGGAAUUAUGGAGUAUGUCUGCUUAUUAAUUUAUUUUACAAUGAAUACUAUAGAAAUGACACCUGCUGAGAUAUCAGCAUUUGCUUCUUAUAGUGGGUUCCUUACUAUUAUGCUUAUCUCUGGUCUCUGUGCAAUAUUGAAUGUUAUGCUUGAGAUUUCUAAGCUCUGUGGCUAUAACUAUAGAAUUUACGAGCUUUGGAAUACAUUAUCUGACUAUAAAAAAGAGCUUUUUGAUAAGCCUCCAUCAGAAUCGAUUGAAUUCAAUGAUGUAACGUUUUCACGACCAACAGGAGAAAUAUUAGUUAGGAAUAUGACAUUUUCAAUCAAUAAGAAUGACUCUGUUUUCAUCACUGGGCCAUCAGGAGCAGGAAAAUCCUCAUUAUUUAGAGUAAUUUCAAGAUUGUGGCCAAUUGAGAAAGGAGAGAUUAGAUCCCCAAGGCCAACGCCAUCUGAUAUACUGAUAUUUACUCAAAGACCGUAUCUUCCUCUAUUUUCUUUAUAUGAUUGUGUCACAUUUCCAAAUGCAUCAGCUAUUUCCGAUUAUACAGAGAUUGACAGCAUUCUAAGAUUCCUGGAGAUUCAUUAUCUUGUUAAUAGACCUCCAGAAAAUUGGCAACAAGGAUUAUCCCCAGGUGAACGUCAAAGAGUUGCAAUCGCACGCCUAUUCUUCAGUAAGCCAAAGUUUGCUCUUUUGGAUGAAGCAACUAGUGCAAUUCCUCAAGUUUUGGAAGAAAAGAUUUUCGAAAAAGCAACUGAGCUUGGUAUUACAUUAAUUACUAUUGCCCAUAAUCUAAAUCUUAAGAAAUUCCAUUCCCAUAUAUUAGAACUCGAUGGUGCGGGUGGAUAUACCCUCAAUUAA